AAAUUAAAAAAUAAAUAAAUAAAAAAUAUAUAAACCAAAACACAAACAAAAUUAAAUGAAAUUAAAAAAAAGUAGCAUUUUUUUAAAGGAGAAUUUGAAAAAAAAAGCAAAUUUUUAUGCAUGUUUUGCGGAGGAAAAAAUUGUCCAAAAGAAAAUUAUUUAAAAAAUCCAAAUAUAAAUGCAAUUGAAGGAUUACACUCAGAUUGGAUAAAUAAUGACAUUUUAGCAAUGUAAAGACCUUCAUCUAGGAUAAUAAAAGACUUUAAUUUAAUUUAGUAAUUUAAAAAUAAUAAAAUUAAAGCAGUUUUUAAUCUCUAGUUACCAGGUGAGCAUCCUUAUUGUGGUGAUAAUUUAAAUAUAAAUAGUGGAUUUACAUAUUCAAUAGAAGAAUUUACUGAUAAUAAUAUAUAUUUCUUUAAUUAUGGAUGGACUGAUAUGACUGUUACGAAUCCAACAUAUAUGAUGAAAAUAAUGUCUUCUAUAGAUUUUAUUAUAUCCUAAGGAUAUAAAAUUUCAGUACAUUGUCAUGCUGGUACUGGAAGAACUGGAUUAGUAAUUGCUUCUUGGUUAAUAUUUAAUGAAGGGAUGAGUUAUGAAUAAGCAAGAAACCUUUUUAAAUAAAAAAGAAAAGGAGGUUUAGGAAAAAAUAUAUAGAAAAUAUUUUUAAAAGAAUUUUAAGAAUGCUUGUUUAAGUUUUUAUGA